AGUGAACCGCAGGCGCUCGACUGUGGCGCUAGCGUUUAGUGACAAUUCGAUUUUUGAAAUUGGAAAUUUGACGAAGACCCAAAGAGAUGGCUUCGGCAGCGACUCUAGUCCAGCCAACGGGCGAGAUGUGGAAGCAGAUCAGAAUAGAUCUAAACGAAAACGUCAACACAAGAGACCGAGAUCUUGCCAUCAUUAAGGAGUGGCUAAAGAAACAACCACAUUUACCUGAUGAAUGGAGCGACACGUGCUUAAUGUCCUUUCUUCGCGGCUGCAGUUUUUCCCUGGAGAAGGCUAAGCGAAAAUUGGACAUGUAUUUCACCAUGCGUGCUGCCUGCCCUGAAUUCUUCACUAACCGAGACGUCGAUAGACCUGAACUCGACGACCUUCUUAAACGAGCUCAAGGUGCACCAUUACCAGGACUUACACCAAAAGGACGGCGAGUGACGUUUUGCAGAGCAACGACCAACACCAUUGACGCCCAUUACCUAAAUAAUGCAUUCAAAGUAGCAAUGAUGUACGGAGACGUCAGACUUAUGGAAGAAAGUGAAGGAAUUGGUGGCGAUGUGUUCAUACUGGACGCUUCCGUUGUCUCGCCCAGCCAUUUGGCAAAAAUCUCCAUUAGCCACGUAAAGAAGUUCUUUAUUUGCGUUCAGGAAGCAUACCCGGUAAAACUGAAAGAAGUGCACGUGGUAAACGUGUCGCCCAUCAUCGACGCAGUCAUCACCAUGGUGAAGCCAUUCCUCAAAGACAAGAUUAAGAAGAGAAUCUUCGUCCACUCCGACCUAAAGACACUGUACGACUAUGUACCACAGAAAAUGUUGCCUGAAGAAUAUGGCGGCAGCAGUGGACUUUCCCUCGACGAGAUUAACAAUGCCUGGAUCGAGAAGCUCAGGAGCUAUAAACAAUGGUUUAAAGAACAAGAGUCAAUGAUAGCCAAUGAAGCACUGCGGCCGGGGAAGCCAACAAACUACGACGAACUUUUUGGCAUCGAUGGUUCUUUCAGACAACUCCGCAUUGAUUAAAAUAUACUUAUAUCCACGAUUUGCACCUACCAAUUACUUCUUAUCAAAUUCUAAUUACGGAAUGUCUAACCGAAGAGUUUGUGCUGUAUAUGAUUUGCUCAAGCAUCCUUAAGGCGGAUCUACACCUGCGCACUCGCACGAAUAGUUGGAUUUUGCGUGCAUCAGAAACAAAGUAUGGACACAUUUGGCCAUGAUCGCGAUUGGUUAGCAAGUGGUUCGCGUUCAAAUUAUAAUAAUCACGACGUGCACAUGUGACUGGUUAAUGAAUGAGCACAAAAACUGUACGGACGCAUCCGCCAACAGUUUGGUUGCAUUUUAUAUGUAACGCAACAAUUGACAAUUGAAUGACGUAGCUUAACGACACGCGAACCUCGCGUAUACUAUUUGCGUCAUGCGCGUGCGCGCGCUUAGGUUGCAACGUCUAUUGCUGUUCGGAGCGCAUGGUGCGCACCAUGCCCUUAACAUGCCGAAACAUUCUGUCGCGACAUCGUUCUCGCGCCUGGGCUCUCUUUAGAUCAGACUUGCCCUACGUGCCUCCCUUUGCCACGCAUUCCCACAUAGUUGCACACUGCACAUACUCCGAAGUUUGCCGAAGCGUCUCAAGGUAUGCUGAGGAGGCAGCUCGGUAUCCCUAAGCAGCUUUGUUAAUACCGCUACGACCAUUAUCACUGAAAUUUCAAUUAUAAUGCCAUAACUUUAAGGUGUAUUACCUUUCAUCGCCUAAAAAUCCUCUGACGAUUCUUCCCGUUAGUGGGUGCCGGGCUUUAGUCGACCUGCCGCGCGUCUGACCUUGUUUCGGCAGAGAUUCUUGUUACAGUGGACGUUAAAUUCAAUUUCUUUGCAACUUUUGUUACAAUGAAAUAUUUGCACUUCCAUGCGUUUGGCAUCAAAUGCUGUCAAUGACUAUUUAGGGGAUAAAUAAUAUAGGAUUGGUAGGUGGAGAUUGUGAUUUAGUUUAAACAGAUGUGUGGAGUAUCCAACUCAACAAAAUUACAAAUUGUUAGAAUAGUAAGGUGAAGAUCGUAUUAGUAUUAGCAGGUUAUAAUAGAAUUUGGAGGUUUUAAUAUUAAGAUGUGGUUAAAAACCAUAUGUGAGAAUAUAAUACAUUAUAUUUUUAUAUUGCAGAGGCCGAAAGUAAGGGAUAGCUGGACGAGUAUGAGUUACAUACUCGUAGUUAGAUACUCGGCCUUGUAACUCAUAUUAGUACAAGUCAAAUUAACACCCUUCCCGCCGAGGCUUACAUAUUGCUUUUUUCAAACAAUGUGAGGAAAUAAUAAAAGACUAAAGAAUAUUUGACAUGUUAGGACAAUUGUUUAGUACAAAAUGUUAUUUUAUCGCCUUUUUCUUUUUUCUAAGUAGGUGUUUUUAAUUCCUGCAAUUAGAAACGAUUACGGUUUGUUCACGAAUAUAUUUUUAUUGCAGGUACUUUGUGUUUGUGAUAAAUAUUUUUUGAUUUUGUGUUUCUUUUUUAAUUUUCUACAAAUACUUUGCCACUGGUUGGUAAUUCAAAUAA